AUGCCUAGCUCUCUAAAGCCACCAUCUAGCAGGAAUACUCCAGAAUCGCAGACUCCGGCAACCCCGAGCGAGAAUCGUCGCGCACGUCGGCGCCGUGAGAAGGAACGACGAGACGCCGAGGCAGGACCGUCAAAUUCGAACACGAAAGAGGAGGUGGAAACGUCUGUGGAUCGGAAGACUGACGCGGAAAGCUAUAGCAGCGAGAAGCAGAAGAAUCUGUUUCAGGAGACAGACUUCAUUCCCUUCACCUUUUCUGACGACGACGAGCCCAAGGAGCCCAAGACCCCGGUGAGGGAAUGGGAUAAGGGCAAGGGCAGGGCUUACGAGCGCGACUCCAGCGCGCGAAAGCGGAAAGUGGAGGAAUACGACCCGAACGACGGGUAUGCAAACAAGCAGCAGCGUAUCGCAGCAGCGUCGCGCAAAGCGCCAUGGGUUGCGAAUGUGGAUUGGGACAGUUGCACGAACGUCGCCGAGAUGCUCCAUCGCGAUGUGGAAGCGUUCGUGAAGUACAUCUCGCCGACACCAGAGGAGGACGAAGUGCGCUCGUUGGUCGUCACGCUGAUUUCGCGAGCCGUCACGCGAGCGUUUCCGGACGCCCAAGUACUGCCUUUUGGAAGCUACGAAACCAAGCUAUACCUUCCAAUAGGCAACAAGGAGUCAGUAUUGCACGCCCUUGCCAAUACCGUGAAACGUGCUGGGAUCACAGACAGAGUCAAGAUUAUCGCGAAAGCGAAGGUGCCCAUCGUGAAGUUCGUUACCACGCAUGGCCACUUCUCAGUCGAUAUUAGCGUGAACCAGGGGAAUGGUGUCACAGCGGGAAAGAUGAUCAAACAUUACCUCGCAGAGUUGCCGGCGUUGCGCAGCCUCAUCCUAGUCAUCAAGUCGUUCUUGAGCCAGCGAAGUAUGAACGAGGUCUAUACCGGCGGCUUGGGAAGCUACAGCAUCGUUUGCCUAGCGAUCAGUUUUCUACAGAUGCAUCCCAAGAUCCGGAGAGGGGAAAUCGAUCCAUCCAGGAACCUCGGUGUCCUGGUUAUGGAGUUCUUCGAGCUGUAUGGAUGCUACUUCAACUAUCAUGAAGUCGGAAUUUCGUUACUCGAUGGAGGCACCUAUUUCAACAAGGCAGAACGAGGAUGGCUAGACUAUGGACAACCCAAGCUGCUUUCAAUAGAAGACCCUGGAGACCCAACGAACGACAUUUCACGCGGAUCAUACGGGAUCGUGAAGGUCCGCACAACCCUGGCCGGUGCGCAUGGGAUCAUGACUGCGGCAGCCUACAUGCAGGCCGGUAUCAUGAGCUCAAAGCGGAAUGGCCGUCAUACCCGCCUACGUGAUAACUAUGAUUUUGAAGAGAUGAGCAUCCUCGCGAGCGUUAUGGGUGUCACUCAAGAGACCAUAAAUCAUCGACGGUUAGUCCAAGAAGUAUACGACCGCAGGAUUUUACACCGCAUGGUCGGCGUGACACCGCAAGCCCGUUCUAGCGCACCUGCUGGACCCAAAGCCAUGAACGGUAAGACACGGGCGUCACGAGACGAUAAGAUGAAGAAAGUGUGGGAGGAGGCCGAUGUCGAUUUACAAGGCUCUGAUGACGAUGGAGUGAAAGAAGCAGGCGUGGACGAGGAAGAGAGCCGAUACCAAAUCGACGACCGUCGACAGUCGUCGAAGAAGCGCCAGAAACGCGAGCGGCCGAAAGACGUACCACUGGUGUUCACAAGUGACGAUGAAGAUGGCGAAGACGUGAACGAGGACGAGGGGUACGACGAAUCUCACGAGUACUCACACUACGAUGUGCUGGACGGCGCGGGUGGUUCAGCUGCGGACACGAGAUAUGGAGUGGCAGAGGGCACGAAGAGGAAGCGGGAUUUCUGGCUCUCAAAGGGCUUCACUGCAAAACCUAUUCGAGUAAGCGGGCCGGUCGCUGGUCGCCCGCGGUUCCCGUCCUCUUCACUCUCGUUCAUUUCUAAUCAGCGCAAUGCAGGCUCAAGCAACCUCGAGCACAACAAACAGUCUGCGACCGUGAACACACAACGCACCACAGGCAGCCUCCGAGACAAGAUCGCCUCCUUCGAGAAGCAGGGUGCUGUGCCGGUACCGCGAGGGAGCUUUGGCCUCGGUGCGCCUCCGGUAGAUGAUGGCUCGUCACGACGUCGAGGAGAAUUGAUGGGAAAUCGCGUCCCGGGACUCUCGAGGCCCAUGGCCCCCGUCCCGGGGCACCCGUCCAGAGCUGUUAGUCCAGAAAUCGCAGGCGGGAGGCGCUCUGUCUCUGCUUCAGGUCCCCAAACAUUAUCUCCUCAAUUCCGCCCUCUGUCGCCCACGUUCACCGAGGACGACGACACGUUCCUGCACGACGUUGCCCCGCUGGGCGCUGAUAAUGGGUCGACUUUACCCAGGCAUCCUUCCACGUCUCUCAACGCUCAUGCGACGCGACGCAGUGUGUCUGACGUGCUUCCACAAACCGGCGGCACCCACUUAUUUGCCGAGGCAUUGCCCGAAAGUGAUGAAGGAUCUGACACCCUCGCGCCCGCGAUCGUUGUAUCCAACCGGUCAGAAUCUGUCAAUCUGGGUGAUGCAACGCCGUCUGUUGCGGCUGAUGCCUCGUUUGGUGUUAGUGUCACUGUCGACGACACGCCUACCGAGGUGAUAGGGGAACAACUGGCUAUAAGCCCAGUCGUGGUCAAUCCAGAUGGGGAUGAACUACUGCAACUGCAGACCGCUCCGAAGGAUGUCCGAAGUGCAUCAGUACCGCCAGUUGAGCUGGAACAGACUUCGGAAGAUGGUAAUCAGGCUCGACUACCGUCAACUCCCAGCACAGAGACGAUCUCAGUCGUGUUCAAAAAGGACACAUCCGUUCAAAGCGAAGUAUCUGUUGGCCCAUCGUUACCUUUACACGACAGCGAAGACGACGGAGGCGAUGCCAGCUUGGAAGGCGACAUGGUCUCCAUGACAGACCGCACCUCAGCGACCUCAAGCAAGGUGUCUACCCCCAGCGAUAUUGCUGUCUUCCCGAGCAUCGAGCCAGCCAAGCGCUUCUCCGCAAUGAUCGCAGAAGGCGACGAAGUGGCAGACCAGUCACUGGCCUUAGACACCAGCGAGGCCAUUAUCGUUACCGAGCCCGCGCGUAUCGUGUCGCCCAUCGUCACCCGUGCUAAGCUUAUCCCCGUACCGCAGGGGCUCUCGCCGGUCUCCUCACCGUCGAACUCUGUGCCCGCUGCCAGACCAGUUGGCCCGAUUCAGCCGUCUCCAGCUCAGUACGUCGAGCCGUCAUUGACACCAAAGACCACCACCGGCUCCUUCCGCGCCGUCGUUCACCGCAAGGCUGCGGGAGGUUCCUCCGGUGAGCCUCAUUAUCAUUCGACGGGCCCGAUCACGCGCCCUCCGCCGCUCAAACUGUCGGUUGCAGAACCACCGCAAUCUCCGGGGUUCAGUGACCUCGCGGAUUUGCUAGCAGACGCGGCUCGCUUGGAGCAACAGCUCUCGGGCAUUGGCUCUCCUCGAAAGGCACUUGAAGUGAACGUCGUUGAGGCUCCAUCGACUCCUGAGCGCAAGCCUUCCCCCGAGCCUGAGUCUGAGCCUGAACCUGAGCCCAAGACCCCACAAAGGAGACCGCUCAGUAUUCGGCUGUCCUCGCCCGAGCCUAUCCAGCAGGUACUAGAGACCGCUGAAGACAGCUCUAGCUCUCAGUACAACUCGCCACAGGAGUUCCCUUCUACCCCCGAGCUCCAAAUUCCUGAGCCAGUGACCCCGCCCGCUCAAGAUCGACGUAGAAGCCGUAUCGUCUCCGAUACCCCUCCACCUGUCCCCCCAAAGAGCCCCAGGCCUCGCUACUUCUCGACUUUACUCUCACGCAAGCCGAGCGCGGCAAACGGCAUGCUCUCGAUGCCCGGUGCGUAUCCGCGCAACAGCGUGUGUUCGGAGAUGUCGGAAGAGUCCGUAUUCGUCGCGACGCCGCCGUCGCCACGCUUCGAGUCCGUCGGCUCGGACACCAGUUCCGUGCGCAGCUCCAGCAAGUCGUGGAAGAUGCCCAAGAAGGGGCUCUCGCGCGCGACGUCCUUCGCGGACCGGCUGUGGCACAAGAAGGGCAACCGCAACACUGUCAUCAUUGCCUCUCCUGGUAAGCAGCAUCUGAACGUCGGCCGGCCCUCGCAGGAGGAGGCGCUGAAUCCUGCGUAUCUAGAAGACGACAACCACCUGUCCCCCGGCACCGUGCCUCGCCACGCGCCUCCCCAGCCCCCGGCCGUCCCCAAGCUUGAUUUAUCACCUAUGCCUCGUCCACAGGGUCCCUCCGCGGGCGCAGAUCGCCCUACCUCGUGGGUGUCGAUCUCGAGUACAGGCUCCGGCGGGCUCGACAGCGCGCUGUUCGAUGCGUUUCCGUCCGUGCCCAGCGACGUACCAGCAUUUGCUGCGCAUACGCAGUACUCGGAUCAUCCGUCCUCUUUGUCUCCAGCAGGGUAUUCAGGCCCCUCCGCCCCGGCUGCUAACAGUAGAUGGUCGAGCCCGCCUGCGCAGUCCAGCCACCAGAAAGGGCAUUCUUCGUUCCUAUGA